UUUAGUUAUUGCGAUUUGCGAUAUCGAGAGAACAUUACACAUGGCGAAUCUCUAACGGUUUGUUACAGCUCUCGUGUCACGACUCGCAUAUUAUUCUCGCAUUAUAUAUAUUUAUAAUGGGGUUGUGUAAUGUUGAAUGUGUAGAAAGAAUAGCGCAAUAUCUCGAUGUUCCUUCAAAAAGGCUAGAGAUUUCUAAUAAAAAUAUAAUACUUGUUCCAGAAUGUGAAAAAAAUUCGACACCCAUUCAAGGGUUCAGUACUAUUAUACAAGCACUAGUUGCAAGUUCAAAAUGUUCCAAUAUGCUCUCUAGCGAAAAGGAAGUGCAGGCUCUAACGCAACAAUGGUUAGAAUAUGUUGCAGUAUGCGUCAAUCAAGCUGAUCUUCCUGUUAAUGCCAAGAGAGUAUUCAAUGAACUAAAUACAGUAUUGAAAGAUGUACCCUAUAUAACUGGUACAGAGAAGACCAUUGCAGAUGUCACACUGUAUUACGUCUUAUAUUCUAUAAUGAAAGGAUUAAGUCAACAAGAAAAAGCUCAAUAUAUCCAUGUAUCAAGAUGGUUCGACAAUAUUCAACAGGAAGAAAAAUUAAGACAGGAUUUAGAUCUAAUAUCUUUUCAUUUAUUGCACAUAUUUUUGUAAUAUAAGUCGAAAUUCGAAAAAAGAUAAAUGUUUGACUUUUUUUAACUUAAAUUUUGAUAAAAAUAAUGGUUUGAUGUUCUUUUAUUUGAAAACAAAAGUUUGAAAAAUAAAAAUCGUCACAUGAUAAGAAUUGUUGCUAGUAUAAGAAAACUUUUAAUAAGUAAAAGUUAGGGAAUCUUUCAUACUGAUGGACUACAAUCUUGUGAGCAGGCAUUGUGAUAGAAAAAGCAUACAAAAUUUAAUAUGAACUAUUUACCAUAUAUCUACAUCAGUCAGUGACUUUAAUAAUCAUAUGCGUGUUGUGUCUGAGUAUGUAUGGGCUAGUGGAUACAUUAUUUAAUAUUUAUUUAGAUUUUAAUUUUUUCAUAUGUUCAAAGUUCUUCAGCGCUUAAUUAUUCUUUUUAUAUUAUUGAGUAACAAUUUUAUUUCUUAAAUCUUUAUUUUUAUGUAAAAAGAUAGCAUAUGAAUGUAUUUUUUUAAACAAAAUUUAAACAAAGCUGGUUUAAAACAAUUUAUCAUUAAAGUUGGUUUGAGAGAGAGGCUUCUCUCUGAUAAUACUGUUCAGUACUUUCAAUAUUAAAAAUGUGAAGAUAUGUAGCUAUUCCAAGGAUAAUAAACAUGAACAUUUUCAAA